GUUGGAGCCCGAGCCUCAGUGCUAAGUCGCCGCGGUGGGGACCAGAGCCGUCCCGCCCCGCCCUGCUCCCUGAGCCCAGCCGCGCCUCCCGCCGCCCACAGCCCGGCCCGACCGUCUGGCAGAGCUGUCCGGGAGCGAGCCCCUCGUCUCGCACUCGGAGUCCGAGAUGGCUUCAGUAACUGAUGGUAAAACUGGAGUCAAAGAUGCCUCUGACCAGAAUUUUGACUACAUGUUCAAACUACUCAUUAUUGGUAACAGCAGUGUUGGCAAGACCUCCUUUCUCUUCCGCUAUGCCGAUGACACCUUCACCCCGGCUUUUGUCAGCACUGUGGGCAUUGACUUCAAGGUGAAGACAGUCUACCGUCACGAGAAGCGAGUGAAGCUGCAGAUCUGGGACACGGCUGGGCAGGAGCGGUACCGGACCAUCACAACAGCCUAUUAUCGUGGGGCCAUGGGCUUCAUUCUGAUGUAUGACAUCACCAAUGAGGAGUCCUUCAAUGCUGUCCAAGACUGGGCUACUCAGAUUAAGACCUACUCCUGGGACAAUGCACAGGUCAUUCUGGUGGGGAACAAGUGUGACAUGGAGGAAGAGAGGGUUGUUCCCACUGAGAAGGGUCGGCUCCUCGCAGAGCAGCUUGGGUUUGACUUCUUUGAAGCCAGUGCCAAGGAGAACAUCAGCGUGAGGCAGGCCUUUGAGCGCCUGGUGGAUGCCAUUUGUGACAAGAUGUCUGAUUCGCUGGACAUGGAGCCCUCCAUGCUGGGUGCCUCCAAGAACACGCGUCUCUCAGACACCCCACCACUGCUGCAGCAGAACUGCUCAUGUUAGGCAAGGCCCACCCUCCUCACCUCCCCUCAUGUGGCCCCUCACCCACUCUGCUACUCCUUGUUACACACUGUCCACUCCCAGCCCUGAGCAAGCUAAGUUGCUGCUGUUCUUUACCUACCCCUGGGGUUCUCUGCAGAUGGCCCCUAUUAUAGACACUCAGCACUAGACUGAGAGCACAGGUCACAAUUGGGUGGAGAUUCACUUUACAAAAGAAAACUCCAUUUUAUGAAGGGGAUUCACUACAGGGACUUGGAAAGUGAGUCUCUUUUCUGCCUUUAAAAUAAGAUUUUCUCCAUUUAUCAAAUUCUCUCCUUUUCCCCCCCCCCCCCCCCCCCCCCUUUCAGGGGCUGGCCAACUGUGUACAGUGAGGCCCACCCGCACAGAUAAUCCUAUUAAAGAAAACCUCCCAAAGCACAACAUGCUUGUUUCAUGUCAGGCUCCCUGCGGGGCUUUCUCCCAUUGCAAGCCAAGCUUUGGCUCUCAAAGCCCUGUGCCUGUUACCACAGAUGCCCACAGGGCCUGGGCAGUUGCUGUGGUGACAAGCCAGAGCUAAUCUCCAGAGAGCUCAGACUCUCUAAUGAUGCUGCAGGAGCAAAGGCUGAGUCAGAAACACACUUAAAAGAAAAGGAUUACCCCUGCAAAAUGUCAAUGGUUUCUGCUAUACGAAAGAGCAAGCAAGUGAGCUCAAGAAAGACAAAGAGAAAAAGAGAAACACAGACAAGAUAAAGAAAUGUGUCAUGAAUCUCUGAUUUUGCUGCUUUCCAGCUAGUUCUUAACGGUGGGAAUGCCAUGAAAUUAGUCACUGGUUCUUGGACUCCCAGAAUAUGAAAAGAUUAGAGUUGGUAGAAUCCCUAUAUUUACCUAGUUUGACUAGUCAAUUCUAACCUUCCUAUCUCUGACAAGUGGCUGUCAGGCCUCACAACUAAAUCUUUCUUCUAAACCACACCUCGAGGCAGAGACAGGAGCUCAUUGUCCAUUACCAUCUUUGGGCAGCUCUCAGAGUCAGAAAAUUUUCCUUGCUUCAAGCUGAAAUCUGCUUCCUGUAAAUUAUUCUUUCUCUUCCCAUCCCAUGACCCCUGGGACCUGCCCUUUCUCUAGGUCAAAUACCUCUCUAAUUCAAUGCCAUUAUUCAUAGAGACUUCUCUCCAUCCUGGCCCUUUCCUCCAACCCAUCUUUCAAUUACUCCUCAGCAGUUCAACUGGGAAAUGUGAUUCAAAGUAGAAUAAAUCUAAGGGGGCAUGACUUGGUAAAAAUUGGGAAAACUGAAAGAAUUGGGAAAAUUGAAUUGGGAAAAAAUUGGGAAAACUGAUUCUAACCCCGAUUUUCUGGGAGUAAACCAGAAGGGGGAGUUUUCUCUCUGUUUCAAAUGCAGCUCAUUGUCCUAUGAAAGUGCGUUAACUAGCAACAGGCCCAAGGACUAAAUUAAAAGACCAUCCAGAGUCAGUGCUAUUGAGAGACCACUUCCUUUGAUGCAAUGCAGAGGACAGAGCUUUGGACUUAGAAUCAGGAGACCUGGACUUAGAAUCAGUGUGACUCUAGACUAGUUAUUACCCAUUUCCAAGUCUUGAUUUCCCACUUGUAAAAUGAGGGGAUUUAUUUGGAUAAUCUUUAAGGUCCCUUUCAGCAAUCAUAACUUUGUGACUUUUUUUUUUUCACUUUCACCAUUUCAGUUGAUCCACAAAACAAAUCUCAUAGAUCAGGAUUAUCAUCCCAAUGUGAUUUUAAGAUGUCAUGCUUACUUUGUAGUAGACAUUGUUCCAAGCACUUUACAUGUAUUAACUCAUUUAUUUUCCCAUCAUCUUUGUGCGGGAGGCACUAGAAUCAGCCUCAUUUAAAGAUGAGGAAAUGAAGGUACAGAGAGGUUCUAGCUUGGUUAAGUUCUCAUAAUGAGUAAAUGGUAGAGCUGGAGUUCAAACCCAGGCAGUAGGCUCCAAGGUCUGUGCUCUUAACCACAUUCUAUACCGCAUCUCUUACAGGUAAGCCAAGGGGUUUAUCUCUAUAAGAUAAACCAGAUCCAGAGAGGUUAAAAGACUUGGCCAAGAUCACACAGCUAGCAAGUUCCAGAACCACAUUAGGAUUCAAUCCCAGGGCCAUCAGGUUCCAAGUUGACUGAAAAAAAGACAUAUCUUUAAUCUGUAAACAAAUUGCUCAACUACUCAGACUAAUAUGAGGUGAUGGAUGUCUAAUGCUCAGGAAAGGAGAGACAGUCUCUGAGGCAACCAGGUCUCAUGGGCCUGAGCAAAAGUGCCCAGUGAUCUUCAGGCCCAAGUGCUGGCUUUCCCUGUAUCUGCUUCUGUCAGGCAAUACUUAUCUAGCUCCCAGGUACUGCUUUAGGCAGGCUCCAUGCUCCAGCAAUGGGGCAUUUUGGGAGAGUGACCUGAUUUACUUCUCUGACCAUGGAAUAAUACAGUCUCAUCACAGAGCAGUGGUUCUGGAUAUGCUUUUUACUCUGUAAAGUCACAUACAGUGUCAUGAAUAAUAACUAUUUUUUUUCUGGAUAGUAACACCCAUUUACCUAGUAUUAAGAUUUCAUACUGAAGUCCUCAUGACCCCUGGAUAUUUUAGUACCUAUAUCGAUAAUAUUUUCCUUCCUACUGAAUAUCCAGGCAUAGACUGAAUCUUUUACUUAAAAACUAUCAAAUUCUUUAAAACUCAGGAGCCAGUUCAAGGGAGUAAGCAUCUUCACAACAGAGGGAAUCAAGAGUUAAAUAUUAUAGUGGCAAACUCUUCUACUGGGCAACAGACAAAUAGACAUGUUUGUGAGAUAGCAAUUUCACAGUCCAUCUCUGUGACCUCCUUUCUGUUGAGUGGAAGGCAGCACCUUCCAGCUGAUUGCAGCACAAUGUUCAUCAAUCACGGUAAUAGUGGGAUUAACCACCAAGGUUCAAGCUGCAUAAAAUGUGUUAGUGGCAACUUGUCCAAGAUUUCAUCUUCCUAAACAAUCCAAAUAAAAGAUGAUUUAAAAAAACUCUUGACCUCUAAAGAGGCAAAAGUAGGCCAAAAGUGCAAUACAGUAUUGUAGUUAUUUACAAAAUCUGUUUUAAAUGCAUGUGUAAAUACAAAGUGAUUUGUGACUUGU